CUCUGUCUGUUUACGUCUGAUUCUGCUGCGAGACCGAUGGACCCGCCAACAAGUUCGGCAAGCGUACACGCUUCUGACUAUAUAAUAUUUGUAUCCCUGACAGCACUCAGCCUCGGAACUGGACUGUAUAUGUCUGUGCGAAAACGACACGCACCGAGGAGCAGAGAUGAGGCCUUCCUGGGAAACCGAAGCAUACGAGUGCUUCCUCUAGCACUGUCCAUGCUGGCAUCAAGCAUCACGGCAGCGGGAAUUAUUGCAUUCGUCGCUCACUAUUACAGUCAUGGCUUCCAUACGCUCUGGGCCAUACCUGUUUUCGUGCCAGUGGGACUCAUCGUCACCUACUUAUACCUGCCUGUGCUGUACGAGCUCAAAGUCACUUCCAUAUUCGAGUAUCUUCGCAUGCGGUAUGGAAAGAGCGUUGGACUUGCAUCGUCUUUGAUUUACUUUGUGCUAAGCCAAACUUUAGGCGCUGUUACCAUCUACGCUGCUGCUGUCGCCAUGACCACAAUGCUUCAAGUUCCAUUGACGAUCUCUUGCGUUAUCGUUGGCAUCGCUGGAACUACGUACACUGCUCUCGGAGGCCUCCGGAGCGUCGUAUGGGCCGACUGCGUGCAAGCAGUUAUCAUGACCGUAUCGCCACUGGUCAUCAUCGGGAAGAUUAUCUACGAUUCUACCACUAGCGUCGAGCCACCACGGUCUCUGAAUGAUCUGAAUAUUACAGCCUAUUUUCUCCGAACUGACAUGGACCUCACCACCGACGAAACCGUCUGGGCGGCUUCUUUAGCAGCCUUUCCUUUCCAGCUCACGCGAAUUGGCUUGGACCAGAUGAUCACGCAACGGUUUUUGGCAGCAAGAUCCUUGCCGGAGGCCAGGACAGUGGCCUUUUUUGGUGUAUUCCUUGUGUCCCUAUUUUACGCCAUCAUUGGAUUGACAGCUCUGGCUAUUAUCUACUGGUUCCGUGAUUGCGAUCCCGUUCUUUCUGGUGCAAUGUCUCGGUAUGAUCAGAUGGUACCUUACUACAUUAGCCAAAGCGCUGGUGCAGCAUGGGGCAUCCGAGGUCUAUUUUUGGCUGGAGUCGUAAGCGCUUCCAUAAGCACAGUAUCCUCCGUAGUAAACUCCAAUGCAGCUGUUCUGUAUAUUGACGUCCUGUCACCGAACUUCCGCAUACCGGAAAAUAAAUCUGCCCUUGUGAUAGUUGCUCUAGCAGCAGGAAGUGGCACCAUCAUGACCUUGAGUGGUCUCUUGCUUCCUUACGUCAGCUCUGCUGCAAAGGCAAGUAUCACAGGCUCCGAGUCCUAUCUAUUUUUGAAUUGUUAUUUGAGCAUCAACGACCAAAGCCUGGGCAGUACCAGCAUCAUCGUAAACCUCGAGCGUAGGCCAUCCAGUAACCAUUCAUCCAGCCACCGCGGCCAGGCUCCAACUCCUGUGUGGGCCCUGUGGUGUGCGCCGUACCUACACCGAAUCGUCGAAGAAGGCCUGCGAAGAGUGGACUCUCCAACCAGCUACCACAUGGCGUGUGCCAAGAAGUAA